AAAUUAAAAUCUAAAUAUUAUCCAACAUGGUACUACGCUGACUCCCCAAUUAAAAGAGCAAAAGGAGUGGCAAUAGGGUUGGCAAAGAACAUGAGAUUUGAACUGGAGGAUAGAAGAACUGAUCCGGAGGGGAGAUUCCUGUUUUUGAAAGGUAAAUUACAGGGAAUCGAGUGUACAUUAGCCAAUAUAUAUUGCCCCAACAAAAAGCCGGAGAACUAUUUGAAGGGCCUGUUGAAAAAACUGAUGGACUUUAAAAAAGGGCGUUUGAUAGUAGCAGGAGACUUAAAUCUCUGUAUGGAUCCCCAAAAGGAUGCAACCUCCCCUGUGCGGAGAGAGGGGGGUGGGUCUCUGAGAGCUUUGAAGAAAGCGAUUCACGAGUACCAACUGGUGGACACUUGGAGAAUAAUGCAUAUGAGAGACAGAGACUACACCUUCUUCUCUAAGGCACAUGAGAUAUAUUCGAGAUUGGAUUAUAUUUUAAUAGAUCAUCAACUCAUAGAGUUAUUGGUUAAAAUAGAAAUAGAGAUGAGUACAUUCUCGGACCAUGCCCCUGUCACAAUGAAAAUGGGAUGGGGAAGACGGUGGACGGGAGGUUUAGGAUGGAGGUUAAAUGAGGCCCUUCUUAUGGAUGAGGACAUAGCGCAGAAGAUUGGGGAAGAGAUCAAGGGUUAAGGAGAAUGAGACAGAGGAAGUAUCGACAGCUACAGUAUGGGAAAGCCACAAGGCAUAUAUAAGAGGUAUCCUGAUUGCGAUGGGAGCAAGGAAGAAAAGAGAAAGAAGAGAGAGGGUUAGCGGGCUCCUAAAAGACAUCCUGGAUCUAGAGCAGAUACAAAAGAAGAAAAUAACAAGAGAAAUAGGACAGAAAUUAAUGGAUAAAUAAGAUGAAUUAGAGAGAUUGAUGGACGAAGAGAGGAGAAGGGUAUAUAAUAAAGUACUAAAUGAAAGAUAUAGAUGGGGCGACAGACCAGGAAAAUACUUAAUGAGAGCUCUGAAUAAAAAGAAAAAUAGAAAUUAUAUAGAAAGGAUAAAAAACCCUAAAGGAGAGUUGGUU